CAGUCACAUAAUCAACCGUGACAUUUGAAUGCAACUCAAAACAAUAAAAAAUGUGAGAAGGAAUGUGACGUUAAUUUGCUUUUACUUAUCACUUCGGCAAGUGAAUUCACAGCUGCGCAUUUUAUAAUAAUAAGUAAUAAUAAUAAGUAAUAAUUAAACUGAACUAGGAUGGAACCUUCGAAACGAAAUGAACGCAGUGGUUCUAAAAACGGUCAACCAGAAACCAUGCACAAGACUUCAGCUUAUGUCCGAACAGUGGUGGCUGUGCAUAACCUCAGAGACCGAGCCAAAGGGGCUGUGGAAGCACUGCAGGAAAAAGGACUUUCAGAACGAAUUGAAGAAGGUUGGGGAAACACUCGAAGAGCUGUUUCGACAUCUACAAGAAACUUCUUCUCACACCCAGAAACUGUUCACUGUAGUUACAUUCCUCCUGCUUACAGCUAUAUAUUCCGACCAAAGAGUCGUUGGGAACUGGUACUCUUAAGUGGAACAGUUUGUGGAAUUGAAUUCUGUUACGCAGCUGAAACAGCAUUCGUGACUCCAAUUCUUCUUAGCUUGGGAUUGAGCAUCAAAUUUGUAACGAUGAUCUGGUGUUUAAGUCCUUUGAUAGGAUUCUUUCUUAAUCCAAUCCUGGGUUCCUUAAGUGACACUUGCGAGUCUAGAUUUGGGCGCAGGAGGCCUUUUAUUUUUUUAUUUUCUGUUGGUAUUUUGCUAGGUCUCAUUUUUGUACCAAACGGACACCACAUAGGUAUUGCUUUAGGAGAUAUUAGUAACACUCAAACAGAACAAAACGACGCCAAAGUUUCAGUGAAGGUAAAAGAAAUGAACGCUACAACGAACAGUUCACUUGUAAAAUAUAUGGCGCUUGAACUAGCUACAGAAAAAAUUCCACUUAUAGACUACAAUGUAACCAGUGCAAGAAAUGGAGACAGAAUACUUAUCCAAAAUCAUAAAAAAUUCAAAAGGCAAAUUUACGUUUUGGAAAGCGACCAUAAACAUCAGGAUUUCCUGGAUUUAUAUUUGUCUCCAAUUAAAAACAAGAUGGAAACGUUUAGCAUGGAGGACAUACCUAAUCAACGAUUCAGGAGGCAUACUUUUGAGAGAUAUGCAAACGUCACAAACGCCUUAAAAUUUGCAAACAAAUCUGUAAGUCAUCUUCAGCCAUGGAGUAUAACUUUUACAGUAAUCGGGACAGUUUUACUCGAUUUCUGCUCGGAUGCUUGCCAGUCUCCAUCUAGAACAUACCUCCUUGAUGUUUCACUUCCUGAAGAUCAUGCAGCCGGGUUGAGUACUUUUACUUUAAUGGCUGGCUUAGGUGGAUCCAUCGGUUACCUAAUGGGUGCCGUGCACUGGGAGUCUACAUUCUUGGGGCAUAUGUUGGGAGGACAAGUGAAUGCUGUGUUUGCUAUUGUUACAGUUAUCUUCAUUAUCUGCCUGAUAGCAACAGUGUGUAGCUUCCCAGAAAUACCCUUGCCCCUUCUGAAAGACCCUAAAGUGUUGAAAGAAUACCAGGAGAAGCUGCAAAUCGGAAAAUAUCAAGAAUCCGGGAAUGAAAUGAUAGUUUUAGAAAGCAAGCCAGUCGAGUACGGUUCAACAGGUCACUUUAGCUCUCCGGAGGCUCUGCCAGAAAAAGAAAAUGCAAAUAAUUUAAAUUUAGCUGAAGCGUUCAGAGAUUCCCCAGCGGCCAAUAUGAAUUCGGAGGUUCCAAAACCUUCAACACAAGACGUUGUCGCGAUUGAUGAAAUUUUAUCUCCAGGUGAAGAACCAACUUUAAAAGAGUAUUUAAAAUCAAUUGUUAUCAUGCCUUCUUCAUUGAAAAUCCUCUGUUUGACAAAUCUCUUUUGCUGGAUGUCUUUGGUUUGUUACUCCUUAUACUUUACAGACUUUGUAGGCGAGUGUGUGUACGGGGGUGAUCCACAAGCUCCGGAAGGUUCUGAAAGCCACAGAAUUUAUGAAGAUGGCGUCCGAUUUGCGUGUUGGGGUAUGGCCCUAUAUUCUUUAUCUUGUUCGGCGUAUUCCUAUUUCAUUGAAGCUUUAGUUCAAAAAUUUGGAGCAAAACCCGUCUACAUUGGUGGGCAGUUGGUGUAUUCUAUUGGCAUGGUUGUUAUGGCUAUAACAAGACAUCCAGCAGCAGUCAUACUUCUGUCCCCAACUGCUGGUGUCAUGUAUUCGACUCUGUUUACAAUGCCCUACUUGUUGAUUGCCCAUUACCACUGCACUAGGAAGUUUAAAGAUGACCGAACGGGCAGCGAUUGUGGCGUGCGAGGUAUCGGAACUGAUGUUGCCACUGUCAGCAGUAUGGUUUUCCUUUCCCAGUUCAUCCUCUCUUUGUCCAUGGGAAGUAUCGUUGAAGCUGUAGGAUCGAAUGUGGCCACAGUGUGUGCAGCGGCUUUUCUCAGUGCAUGUGGAGCUGUUUCUGCUACCCAAGUCAUGUACCUCGAUAUUUAGAAACACUUGGUGUUCACGUUUUGAGACUUCCGCGUGAAAUUAAAUGAGGACUCCAUCUUUCAUAUGAAUAUAAAUUAUAUUAUGUCUUACAUUAUCCUACCAUUUUACCUUCAGACAUAUGACGUUCAGAAAAAUGAAGAAUUAUUUUACUGUGUUUUAAUAUAAUUGUUGAAAUCUUUAGAUUCUAUGACGAAUGUCGUGUAUUGUGGAUAUUCUCGCCCCAAUUUUUUGUCAUUUUGAAGUGAAAUGCUCCUCCGCUCGACCCUCUUAAUGUAGCCAACAGUUGCGGUAUACGACCUUGAAUAAGCUAUAUAAGCUUCGUUAUUCUGUGAAAAACUCGUUUCGUUUCGUUGCUUUGGGAUAUUUCCUGUUAGUUUCUUUGCCGAUUUAAAUCUUUUUCUCAUUUUAUAGGAUGUUCGCAGGUCUAGCGUUAGAGAAGAUGACUGGAGCGACUGGAACAAGUCGCGUAGCUGUGUUAAUGUAGCAUCUAACAUUCUUUCCUAUUUUGAAUGUCUUCAUUGUAAUAAACGUAAAAUCUUGUAAAAGCCUUUUCACUAUGGAUGUUUGUAACGUGUUGCAUUCCAUGUAUAUAAUUUGUUUUUACAGAUGUCAUGAAAAUGCCGAAUAGUAAUGCUACAGUAGCUUAUAUCUCUCUUCUGUGAUUUUAUCUUCUCUGUUACCAGUAGGAUUUUUAUUGCGUUUUUAAAGUGUAAUUAUUAAAGUACUGUUUUUAACAGCUGUGAAAUACGGAGGAACGUUUUUUAAUUCAUCAAUAAUUUAUUAACUCUUACUUAGAUGUUAUUUGCAUUCAAAUGAAAUCGCUCAAAUUUCUUAUGUUAAGGAAAUUAAUGAUACAAAAAAAGGAACUCCUGCAUAAAUUUCUAACAUAUAUUAAAUCUGCACCAAACAUUAUGCCAAAAUUUGAUGCAUUUGUUUCCGUUUCUUCAGUUUUGUUCUCAAUGACGCUCGAAAAGGAAGGCUCAGUUAAUAUGGCAUGGUAUUAAAAAAUAAUCUCUUUCAAUCAUAAUCAUAAGAAUUUUUCCAGCUUUGUUCACAGAGAAAGAAUAUUUCUUUCAGCGAGUAUAGUAUUUAUUUUAUGACCAGUGAAUCACAAGGUAAAAAUUUAUUUUUAAUUCUCCUCGUAAAAAAGGGUGAUUACCUUGGUGCGCAUCACCAGAUCUGAUCUUUGUUUUUAGUUAAUCAUUCUCUGGUAAUUUAAGAUUUAUUUUCAGGUAACAUUUUUCACAAAUAACAAAAAUUAUUAAAACUUUUCCUUUUUUUUAAUAGAUAAAAAGAACUUUACGCGUACAAAAACAGACUUCAGGCAACAUCAGUACUAUUGAAUAAAAAUAUCACUUAUAAUAUAUGCAUAGGUGUCUUCUACUUUUAUUUUCCUGAAAUUUUCCUAACCAUACUCUUUUUUAUGUCUUGCACACGAGACACACCUAUAAAGAAAUUUUAAGAAAAUUAAUAGUUUAUAUUGAAGUGUAUUUACUAAAAAAUUAACUAUUAAGAGGGAAAAUUGAUGUUAAAAGGAAUUUUAUGAUUGUCAUUUUAGCUAAACAUGUUUAAUGUUUGUAUUUUCAGGGUGAGCCAAAAGUUCUUUAAAAUUUUAAAAAUUCACAAAAUGGAAAACGUUAUGAUAAAGAAGCGCAAUUUGCAAGAAAAGACUCACAAGGAAGUCGGAUUUUUUUUAGCAGCAAAAAUAUUUUAGCUAAAAAUGUCACUGGUAGAGGGCGCUGACAUGCGAGAGAUUCAGCAGAAUUAUGCAAAUUAAUCUUGCAAUAAAAGCCGUGAAACACGAAGAUUUCUCAUUCGCUUUCAGAAUGUUAUCAUUACGCGACCGAGCGUUGUUGGCAAAGUUAAUCUAUUUGAACGGAGAGUCAGCAACUGUUGAGUUGCGAAAAUUUCGCACUGCGAAACACAAAGAAUGGCCCCAUACCGUGUUCUGUUAUACUGAAGCUUGUCAAACGGUUCGAAGAAACUCGCUCUUUGGAGGAUCGGCCGCGAAGUGGAAGACCCUCGUUGACGAAGGGCCGAAUUACUGCCAUGGAAACUACUAUGAUUGAUAUAGCCGAGGAAUCAUCCAUGGAGAUCAGCAGUCAAAAAAUAGAGGUAUGGCUUGGAGGCUUAUCCUGAUGGAACUUGUUUGGAUAAAGGGAUGGAGAGUAGCAGCGCCCGCAUAGCUGUAAGGAUACUGGAUCUGCCCAGCUCAUCGUUUCGACGUAUCCAAUAUGGGAUAUUGCAUCCCUAUCCCUAUUAAUUGCAAUCACUGCACGAGUUAGUUACAACUGGAAGACACAGCUAUGAUCCAUUUGCCGAGUGGGCUAUGGCAAAAAUUGAAAGCGACACUCAGUGAUUGUUCAACGUUUUCUGGGUGGAUGAGGCGCACUCCACACUACACGAGGAUGUCAAAACCCAGAACAUUCGUAUAUGGGUGACGUAAAAUCCUCGUGAAUACACGACGAAGUCAUUGCAUCCAGCCAAGUUGACAGUCUGGUGUGGCUUCUCCUCGUCUUUCAUUGUCAGACCGUUCUUCUUUGAAGAAUCUGGCUGGGAAACGUGCACAGUAACCACUGAUCUCAAUCUUUUGCGUGACAAAGUCGUGCCCGUAUUCAAUCGACGAGGUGUGUUAUUUGUAACAAGCUUUAUGCACGAUGGCGCACCGCCAUACUAUGCAAAUCCAGUAAAACGAUUCCUAUUGAGUACCUUUGGUGAAGAUAGUGAUCAGUAGAGGUGGCAAGAUCACAUGGCCUUCAUAAUCACCCGACCUCACUCCGGUUGACUUCUGGUUGUUGGGCUAUUUGAAAUCACUUGUGUACCGUUCAUUUCCUUAAACAUCGGCUGAACUCAAAGAUUCUAUCUUUCAAAGGUUUUCGUAAUUCAUUCCGGCAUGUUACAUUAAGCUGUAACAGGCUUGUGAAUCACCUUGGUUGCGCCAUACAAUGUUCUGGAGGUCAUGUUCAACAAUUGCUAUUGAAAGAAUAAAUGAAUGGAGCGCUCCAUUUGCGUCCUGUUCAUUGUGUUUCGGGUCACUGAACAGUACGCUCAUUGAACAGUGCGCUCCAUUCAUUUAUUCUUUCAAUAGCAAUUGUUGAACAUGACAUUCAGAACAUUGUAAAUGGAGCGCCUGUUCAUUGUGUUUCGGGUCAUCAGCGCCUUCUACCGGGAAUAUUUGAAACUAAAACUAUUUAUUGCUGCUAAAAAAAUACGACUUCUCUGCGAGCCCUUUCUUGCAAACCGCCCUUCUUUAUCAUAGUUUCUUCUUUUUUAUAAAUUUUUAAAGUUAUAACGAACUUUUGGCUCACCCGGUAUAUGUAUAUAUGUUACAUUUUACUUUUGUAAAGAUUUGCUUUGAAUUUUAUAAAAGCAAACUUUAUGUAAGAAUAUGUGAAAUUGUAUAGCAAGAAAUAAUUAAAAUUUAUAUUUAUCUGCUUUAUUAAACACAUACAAAA